AAAAUAUUUCCGUGCAUAGAGGAUCACAUGAAAAUAUCAAGUACACAUGGCUUGCUACUCUUCUCCGUACCCAGAAAGAAAUACAAUUGAGAAAUGUUUGGAACGUUUAUCAGAGUCUGUGUUUGUCGGACUCUGUAAAAUAGUGGGAACAUCAGAACUAGUGACCAUGAGGAGGGAUGUUGCAGACAUCCAAGAGAUGAUAAAUAAUGAAGAAAAUACAAAAAAGGGCGUUAUCGAGAUGUUAAGUGGAAGUUUCAGAGAAGGAUUUAGAUUAUGGGGAUCUGAUAAAGACUAUAUGUACUGGCAUCAUAAUUACCAAGUGAUCUGGGACGAAUCUCUGUUACAGUAUUACAAUGAACAAAAUCAAAUAUUGAUUGUUUCAGACAAUUCUGAGAGCCCGCCAGGAUUCACUUUGUUAUGGCUUCCGAAUAAUAAAAUGGCAAAAGUUAUUCUGUCCUCAUGUGUAGUGAUGAAGAAUAAACUUUAUUUAUCUAGCUCAAAAUAUAAACAUAACAUGCCUUCAUAUUUUAUUACAAAUCCUAUCAUCCAUGGUCCCUGCAAAAGUGGGAAUUUCAAAGGAAUUAUUGAAGUUGAUGAGGCCAACGUCUUUCAGAGCAGAUCCUGGCCUCCGUCAGCCUCCUCAUGGGUAAGCAGAUGUCGGACAUGGCCCAAACCUCAUGUGGUUUGCGAUAUUGUCAAAAAAGGGUGCCACUUUGUUGCAAUUGGACACAGUCUUGGAAAUCAUGUAGAUAAUGAAUGGAGGAUAUCUUUCUCUCUGGCAGAAAAAGAACUUGUGUAUUCAAUGAACCACUGUCAGUUUUUAAUUUAUGGUUUACUGAAGCUGUUCCUAAAUGAUGUAAUUAAUAAUGGCUUAGACAGUGAAGAUAAAAUACUGUGUUCUUAUCAUAUGAAGACAGCCUUUUUCUGGGCGAUUCAACAAAACACACUAUCUCACUGGAGUCCCCAAAAUAUCCUGCAGGGUUUCUGGAUUUGCUUUAAACUUAUUUUUAAAUGGGUGUAUGAAGGGGUAUGUCCGAACUUUUUCAUCCCAGAAAACAACAUGUUUCUAUCUAAAAUCCAUGGGGAUUCUCAAACGGUUUUAUUUCUUAGACUGUAUACAUUGUAUGAGAGAGGCGUUGUGUCAUGUCUGUUGCAUUGUUCCUUAAUCAGGGCGUAUGUCUUAAAUGUACUUUAUAAUCCUCGGCUGACCGUCAGUAUAGAUGAGCACAUGAUGAUCCCUGAGUUUACAUUUGAUCAGUCAAUAUCAAGAGAGAUAUAUAUUAAUAUUUGUCUAAAAUCUCCAAACUUACACACCGUUGAAAAGCUUAUAAAGUUACCUUUGACACAAUACUAUGUUGCCACAUUGCAGUUUCAUACAUGCCAUAUUCUUUUAACCAAUGCUUUUAUAUUACACAACAAGUACACUGACAGAGGUGGCAACAAGCAGAGGUACAUUACUGACAAGAUUUCGUGUAACAUGCUCAAAUUAGUAGCAAAGAUUGGUUGUAUUUCUGAUGCAUUGUAUUUAGCAAUAUAUUAUUACAGGACAUGCAAUUACACAGAGGCUUUAUCUAUUAUAGAGAUGACAAAGGUCAAGUUAUCACAGCCACAUGUGAUACAUAUACCAGACCCUAUAUCUGGGGACAGAGAGAAGUAUACUCAGGUUGUAGGAGGAAAAUCUUGGUCUACAAAGAUGAGAGAAGGCAUGGCAGAAGCAAUCAUCGUUUCCAACAAUUUCGGUUAUAUCAAUGAAUUACUGAUAGCACCUUUUGUGAUACUACACAUGCUAGAAAUUUUGUGCUACAUUCAUGUUGAUUUAACAAGA